GCUAAAAGCAGCUGUUUCAGCUCAGCAAAUAGAGGAUGCUCGUAGUUCCUGCUCCUGCCCCGCUCUGCGUUGGCUUUAAGCGCUGGCGCCGUGUGGCGAAACGUAUCAGGUUUUGGCAAGAGCCAAAUGUGAAACGGACUCGCCCUGCGUGCUGGAAGUGACCCGCAGCUCAGCCUACAAUGCUUUUAAAGCUGUUUGUUUAUUUCUUUGGAAAACAAACAUUGAAAGUUAAUAAGCUAUGGAACAUGAGUUUACUCCGCUGGAAUGUCUCCUUCCCACUGGAAACCUGACGUUUUGCCUUUUGAUUCUUAAUCAGCCUUUGGACAAAGGUUACUUUCAUCCUCUGUGGAGCAAAGCCGUUCUAAGAGCUUGCGCUGAUGGAGGUGCUAAUCACCUGUAUCAUAUCACAGAAGGAAAUCAUGAGAGCUUCUUGCCUGAUUACAUCAGCGGUGACUUUGAUUCCAUUAGGCCUGAAGUCCAGGAAUAUUACAAGGUCAAGGGGUGUGAGUUGAUAGAGACACCGGAUCAAGACUUCACUGACUUCACCAAGUGCCUUCAGAUACUUCAGAAAAAGAUAGAAGAAAAAGGUCUCCAGAUUGAUAUGAUUGUGACCUUGGGUGGACUUGGAGGACGCUUUGACCAAAUCAUGGCAUCAGUGGAGACUCUCUUUCAUGCAACUAAUAUCACUCCCACUCCAGUUAUAGUUAUUCAAGAGUGCUCCCUCAUCUGCCUACUUCAACCUGGAAAGCACAAACUGUAUGUAAACACAGGACUUGAAAGCAAGUGGUGUGGCCUCAUUCCAGUUGGGAACCCUUGUGACAACGUUACUACGACGGGCCUAAAAUGGAACCUCAAAAAAAUGACUUCUGACGAGGAAACAAAGGGAAGCCAUAAGAGCGGUCGUGUUGUUUUGGGUGCCUGGAGCAUCUGGUGGAGAGCUAACCAUGUGCUAAAGUUUGGAACGCUUGUCAGCACUUCAAAUACCUAUGAUGAAUCUGGAGUUGUGACCAUAGAAACAGAUAAACCCUUGCUGUGGACAAUGGGUAUCAAAAAUAAGCAAAAUGUUUAAAAUUAUAACUGCCUUUCUUUCAGCUGACCAAAGACUUUAAACAUACUGGAAAAUUUCACUCAUUAACAGAAACAGAAUUACUGUGCCAGCAGUAAAAAAAAAUAAAUAAUUUUUUUUGGAGGAGCAGAAGGAAGGGAAAGACAAUGGAGAUCAAUCGGUCAAGUGAAAAAUCUUUAGGAAGAUAGUGACAAAACAGAAUAUCUCCUAUUAGUUCCAUGUGUAGGACACAUGCACUUCCUAAACCAGCAGCACUGAAGGGACUAAUGGGCAUAGACUGACCUACUUUAUUCCUUGCAGGAGUGUGUCCAUAUUAGGUUUUAAUAUUACUGUUAGAUCAAUGGUUGAAGAAUCUGUUCUCAAGUCAAAUUCUAAAUGAUGUAUUAUGUAUGUUCUUGUUUUGUAUAAGAAAACCUUGUGCUGUUUAAUGUGACUAGAACAGGCUGAUCAUCUACCCUGCUGUUUAGUAACAUAACUCAAGUGAAGUAGGCAAAAGCUAAUUGCAAAUUUUAAAGAAAAACAGCAAUAAAACCACUGCAGUGAAGUUUAGAAUAGAAGGCUGAGUAUUUCUUGUAAUGCUGCUCUGUGCUGCCAUUUUACUUCUACUUUCCAGCAUCAAGUACUAUUUACAAACUUCUAAUUAACAGACGGUAAGCAGCAUUAAACUAAUAAAGUGCUAGUUAGUGUGCAAGCUUUUAUAGAUUAAGUUUAGAUUUGUCACAACUGUAUGAGCUUUGUAUACAGAAGUUCAUGCAAGUUUUUUAAACUGGAUAAAGUUGCAUUUUAAUUUGUAAAAUUUGAACAGACUGCUGUGAUAACCAAACUGCUAUAUUUUCCUGUAAAGAGUUUGUUAGCGUAAGGUGGUACAGAAUGCAUGUGUCAUUGAAUAGAUGCUAAACACAACGGUAUAUAACAAAUUUCGUGCUAAUGUUAGUGUCAAGCUGCACCAUCUUGAAAAGCACUGUAAAGACACAUUAGUGGAAUCCAAAACUGUUUGGUAAGGAAGGAUAAGGGCCCUCAGCUGAUAGUGUGAUCUGUAAGUAUAUAUUUCAGUUGUUGCCUCUUUUAAAGAGAUGGUGUUUAGAACAAGAUCUGAAAAACUACCCUACUUUUUGUAAGUAAAACCAAAGGUUACUUCAGCUCAAAGACUAAAGUGAAGUCUUUUCAGCUUGCUUUAUGCUUCUGACGGCACAUUCCUUUUUGUAGGGGUCUCCACUCCCCUGAUUACAAGACACAAGACAGGAAAAUGGCAGUAGGUUAGUGUUUAAUAUGAAUGGAUUUAGAAUUAGGUUUUAGUACCACCUAAUGCUGGGCCAAUAUAUGUAAAGAAUUAUUCUACUGCUGAAAGCAGUAAACCAAGAAAGGCAGUUCAGUCACUUUACCUCACCUCAUACAAUGAGCAGCCAACAGUGACAAGUUAUUUAUUUACUGAACCUAGAGAGUUCAAAGACUCAGUAAAACAAAAUGAGACUAACUCAGAUGUCAAGCUUGUUUUAAAUCUUAACCUGGUUUAUAGCAGUAAAUAAACAAGAUACAGAUUUAUGGAAUAUUUUUAAACAACCCCCCCCCCCCCCCCCGCCCAUUGUCCAUCGCUCCAAACUUCAGGUAACAGAUCUUCUUGAUGAGUGUUCAGCCACCACUGUAGAACAAGAGAGUUUGAUCAGUUUCAAGUAAGACCACUAUCUUAAGUUACAUCAUCUCAUUCUAACUGGAACUAAAUCCCCACUAAAACAGCCUUAAAAACAGCACAAACAUUACACAGUGCCUUAGUCUCAUCUUUGCUCUGAGAGUUUUUUCUUAAUUUGAGGAUUAUCCCAAAGAGGCAGGAAACAUGUCAGAGGAUUCCAGUCACCCUCUUUUCUUUGAUUAGAUGGGAGAAGGGUCCUGGAACUUUUGUUGUAAUAUGCAUCCCUACUAGGGAAAUGGUUGAGAAUAACUUUGCCAAAAUGACUGCUUUUUUAACCAAUUAAGAAGUCUUAACUGAAGUGUUUGAAACCUUCAAUAUCCGUGAUUUUUGUAGUGCUACUUACCAGAUUGAUUUAAGCUUCAAUGUUCAUAUGCAAAAGCUUAAUACAUAAAUUGUGGUAUAUUGUACAAAAGUUAUGUAACAUUGGAAACACUGCUUUACUUUUAAUAAAGGUAUUUUUAGUACUAUUA